AGAUGCAAAUUUUCGUGAAAACUCUCACCGGCAAGACCAUUACUCUCGAGGUCGAGAGCUCUGACACCAUUGACAACGUCAAGGCUAAGAUCCAGGACAAGGAAGGCAUUCCUCCGGACCAGCAGAGGCUCAUCUUCGCCGGUAAGCAGCUUGAAGAUGGAAGGACUCUCGCUGACUACAACAUCCAGAAGGAGUCAACUCUCCAUCUGGUUCUCAGGUUGAGAGGUGGUAUGCAGAUCUUUGUCAAGACUUUGACAGGCAAGACCAUCACCCUCGAGGUUGAGAGCUCAGACACCAUUGACAAUGUCAAGGCAAAGAUCCAGGACAAGGAAGGUAUUCCUCCGGACCAGCAGAGGCUUAUCUUUGCUGGUAAGCAGCUGGAGGAUGGACGCACACUCGCUGACUACAAUAUCCAGAAAGAGUCGACUCUCCACCUUGUGCUUCGUCUAAGAGGUGGUAUGCAGAUUUUUGUCAAGACCCUCACCGGCAAAACAAUAACUUUGGAGGUGGAGAGCUCUGACACGAUUGACAAUGUGAAGGCGAAGAUUCAGGACAAGGAAGGGAUCCCACCAGACCAGCAGAGACUCAUCUUCGCUGGGAAACAGCUCGAGGAUGGUCGUACGCUUGCGGAUUACAAUAUCCAGAAGGAGUCUACCCUUCACCUUGUGUUGCGUCUCCGUGGUGGAAUGCAAAUAUUUGUGAAGACUUUGACAGGCAAGACUAUAACCUUGGAAGUUGAGAGCUCAGACACGAUAGACAAUGUCAAGGCUAAGAUUCAGGACAAGGAAGGGAUCCCUCCGGACCAACAGAGACUCAUCUUCGCUGGUAAACAGCUUGAGGAUGGUAGGACUUUGGCUGAUUACAACAUCCAGAAGGAGUCGACUCUUCACCUUGUGCUGCGUCUUCGUGGUGGAAGCUUCUAAGCUUGUUGAUCUGUGUGGUCAAAACUGGUGUUCUUUGAGCUUUGUUGAUGCACUUGGGAGGUGAUCUCUGUUUGCUUCUGCAAAAAUUGGAUCGUCUGUGUCAAUGUUUUUCAUUUUCUGUUUUCCGUAUUUUCUUUUCGUUGUGAACCUUUCGGUUGGGAUCGUAAUGGUCCUUUAUGUUUCAAGUUUAGAUAAUAACCCAAGUGCAUUAUGAACUUUUGUCUAUGCUUUCAAGUCGUUGCUAUUAUUUACGA